AUGUUUUCUUCGUGAGCCAUGUCGGCGUGGAAGGCGCCUCCUCCUCCUCAUCCUCCUUCUCCUCAUCAUCCUCAUCAUCUGGCCGGAGCGCUGUGCGGCGUGGCGCACGCCAUGGCGUCGUGCACCAACGGCGCUGGGAUCGCCAACUCGUUCCUCGUCGACUCGCUCAUCGGCGCGGGUCGAGCCGGGGAGGUUUACUACGGUGGUGGUGCUGGUGGUGGUGGCGCUGGUGGUGGUGGUGGUGGUGUAGCAACAGCUGCAGCAGCAGGAGGAUUAGGAAGCGGACUCUAUAUGGCCCACGGCGCCGGUCACCUGCAGGUUGGUUACGGCUCCGCACAAAACUGUGGCCUCGUGCAAGCGCUGUCGAAGCGUCACGAUGUUCCACAGCACGCGCACGGUCUACAUCAUCAUCAUCACCAUCAUCCUCAUCAUCAUCACCAGCAGCAGCAACAUCACCACCACCACGGGCACCACCAGCACCACCAGCAGCAGCAACAGCAUCACCCGCAGCAUCAGCAGCAGCAUCAGCAGACGGGCUCCCUGCACCCUCACGCGUACGCGAGCGCAGCCAGCGACGGCUGCUCCUGGGUGGAGUCGAGCCGCGCGUGCGGUCAGCUCCAGGAGGCCUCGCAAGGGCCCUGCUCCUUCUCGCACGCCAUCAAGGAGGAGGCCGCCUACUGCGGCGGCGGCAGCGGCAAGGGCGAGACGGACUUCGCGCGCUCGCUCGCCUCGGAGCCCGCGGCCGCUGCGGCGGAAAGCCCCGGAGUGCCCGUGCCGGGAUACUUCUACCUGGGCCAAGCGUACAGACCGUCGAGGGACUCCUUCGGGCUUCUGCAGCACGAGGAAGAGGACACGGCGGCUGCGGCUGCUCCCUCGUCCGCGGUGGCGGCGGCGCCUUCGCCCGCGGGGAAGUCGGCGGCCGAGGAGGAGGAUGAUGGGGAGGAGCGGGAAGAGGCGGCGGGCGACGGAGCGAGUCGGGAGGCGCAGCAGCCGGAGAACGCGGCGGCGGCGGUCGAGGUGGCGGCGUCACCCGGACGACUCAUCAUGGUCGAAGCGGACGGGAGAUCGGGGAGCAAGGAGGCGGGAGAGGAAACACCCAGAGCUCCCAUCAUCAGCAUCAUCAACAACAACAGCAGCAGCACCAACAACAACAGCAACGGCAACUGGAUGACGGCCAAGAGCGGACGCAAGAAGCGCUGCCCCUACACCAAGUACCAGACUCUGGAGCUGGAGAAGGAGUUCCUCUUCAACAUGUACCUGACGCGCGAGCGGCGUCUCGAGAUCAGCCGCGGGGUCAACCUCACCGACCGACAGGUCAAGAUCUGGUUCCAGAACCGGCGGAUGAAGCUCAAGAAGUUGAGCCGAGAGAGUCGCAUCCGUGAGCUGUCAUCCGGAUUCAGCUUUUCCUAGUCGCCGGUGUUAAUGAGUGUGGUGAUAACACUUAUGAUGAUGAUGAUGAUAAUUAUUAUGAUGUUGAUGUUGUUGUUGCGAUCGGUGAUGUGUUUGUAUUGUGUCGGAGACAGCUGCGUGAAGAGAAGUCUGGUAGAGUUCCGAUUUUUGUUUGAACAAUAUAAAAACACACGGUAAAUAGAUUAUUUCAGUCCACGAUGAUAAAAUCCAAACACAAGCUCGAGGACAAUUUUAUUUUUUAUGUUAUUAUUUUCAUUUCCCCUCUUCAAAGGAACGCAUAUUGCUGAUGUCAUUGUUUUAUUGCAGUAUUCCGAGGAGCGACUGUGUGAUGAUGGUGGUGGCGACGGUGAUUGGCGGAUGACGCCACGUGUGGUUCAUGAUCACGUGCACACGAAGACUCUGUGAUGUUGCGUUGGCUCUUGGGGGGGGGGGGGGGGGAACAACCUCAACAACACGAAGUGUCAAUGCAAACACGAGGCAGAAGAGACCUCGCUGUAUAUUUAUACUUAUAGACGUGUGCCGCUACGUAACGUUUAAUGUAACGGUCGGAGCCUAUUUGUAAAUGUCGUUAUCUCGCGUUGAUCUUGUUUUAUUAAUAUAAUUCUAUGUGCAUGACGUAAUCUCCCUUUAAUGAUGUGUGCCUGAAUGGCUGGUGACAUAUAUACACGUUUUACCUGUGUGUGUGUAAAAAUGUGUGUGUGUGCAAACAUCAGCACUGGGGAGACAAAUGCGGCCGGGCAUGGUGCUGGCCAUCCACCCCUUCGCGUGCCGUGCCGGCCUUCAUAGGUGCUCGCUUAACUGUACUUGCCCCAACAGUCUGUUAAAGGCUAUACUGGUGGAUCUUUAUCUUUGCUUGUGCACUGCGCUCUGAGCCAGGACAACCACGGUUCGAUUCCCGCUCGCUGCCAAAUACCCGAACCGACCGUGGGCAUCCCCUAGGGUGUCUCAGUCUCAAACGAAUACCCUGGCAGGGAGUGUAAAUAUCACCAACAUGGCGGCCGACCAGGUGUGAUCAGAACCACAUAACCUCGUGCCGGCCUGCAAAGGUGCUCGCUAACGACAACACCACAGCAGUCUGUGUCUGCUGUAUGUGUAGCCAUACCUAUAUAUGUGGGUGUAAACACACGGAUAUAUUAUAUUAUAUAGAUUAGAAGAACAACAGACAUUGUUUGCUGACGUCACUAACAUCGCUUGUGAGUUCGGCCACGUGAUGUCUGGCAUGCUCACCGACAGGAUACCACGGGACUCAUCCAGGUGUGAUAGGUUUGACCUGACUGAGAUGUUGAUGCCACACCCGCACGCAUGAACACAGACAUGUGAACACGUCUGCACACACACACCCAUGCAUACAUACACACACAUGCAGUGUACUCUGCACGCAUACGUGUACACACAAAGACACGACAGGUGUCGGCACACACUUAUUCACGCGGUUAUGUAAAUAUUAGACGUUUGAACAACAAAUGCAUAAAGUGUACAGCGACGACAGUGGCGUAAAAGCACAAAUUAAGCGUUUAACAGUUGUGAUUUUGUUUGGUGGGGGGGUUUAGUGUAGCCCUUGUAUCGUGCGAACACCCUAACGUACAUACAUACAAAUGUUAAUGUAUAUAUUGGCGCAAUCAGGGCCGUCUAGAGCGGGGGGGGGGGGGGGGUGCGGGGCCCGGGACAAAUCCCACACCGUGCCCCCCCGCCCCCUCCAACGCCUUAAAAGUAAACCGGAAGUGUAACAUCUAACACUGUGACGUCCAAACGCGCACCCCCCCCCCCCCCCCCAAAGCUCGGGGCUCAGGGCGGUCACCACGAUUUGCCCAUACGCUAGGGACGGCUCUGGGUACAAUAUAGCCCCGCACUGGGUUCAUAUUGUGUGUGUAUUGAGAUGAAUAUGCAUGUGCGUAUACCGUACUAGUAUACACCAGUGGCAGCCUAGCGUGGUUUGCAUGGACCCCCCUCCCACUCUACUUCCCUGCCCCCCCCACCCUACCCGGACCCUUGUCCAAUUCUUCCACCUCCUCACAGCCUCGGCGCCAGCAAGGAGUGGAGUUCCUUCCGGGGCCGUGUGCCCACGUGCGCAGUUGAACCGCCCUACACAACUCGCUAGCUACUCCACAAGCAUUUCCGCCACCACCGAGAACAACAAAGCACACACGCGCGCGCGCAAACAUCUGUUGAUUCAAUUGUAACUGCCGAAAGCAUCCCUUGCCGACGAGGACUCGCGUAUUGUACAGAUUUGGGGGGGGGCGUAAUUUUCACGAGUUAAACGCAUUCGCCAAAAACGAAGGACAAGCAAACGAAUCGCGUGCGUGCGAGCGUUUGAACGAGUGUCAGUGAAGGGUGUCGCACUACGAGUGUCCACAGUCUUGAUGGUUAUUUGCCCGAGAGGUGGAGUUUGGUGGGUCCUUCCGUGAGAGGCGAGCGGGAGCUGUCUGUAAAGCCAGCGAGAAAGUGGGGGUGGAAGGGGGGGGGUCCGGCAUGGUGAGGGGUGCCAACAAACUUGCUUCUGCCAUUGGCGACAAAUUGCCUGCGAGGCUGAUGCAACGACUGACUGUUGAGCCUGGAUUUAGUGCACGCAUACUGUAGGCUGCGAGACACUCUUCGUGACUCGGAUGUUACGACAUGUUAACAACAUGCUUGGGACACGUCCGUCGCCUUCGUUGGCCCCUCGGUUGGAUCUUUAUUUUCUGAUACAUUUUGCUGCGCAGAGUUCACAGCAACAAGUCUUCUAAGUUGUGCGAAUGCAGCUUCAGUAAUGGGGAGGGGGGGGGGUGUAAAUAACUUUGAAAUUAAACAUUUACCUUUUACCUUCGCUCAUACACAAAAAACAGCUCUUUUUCGGCCCAACGAUGUAGGCUGUGUGUUGUGUCAGCGAGUGAAGCGUAUCGUUGUUUUUGUUUGUUUUAGGACUGAGGUUAGCCUAGGUUCGUAAAGAGGCCUAAGCAGGGCAAAAAGGAAUUGCUUCUGUCCUCGUGCGAACAGCAAUGACGUCAUGGGCCAUUGUGACGCUGCGGUGCAGAUUGCUGCCCCCUAGAGGCACCUGCAGCCGUUGUUGGUAGCUCGACACGUGGCGCGAGCCCCGGGACAACGAAGGCUUUUUAAACACACGUAGGCCCUCUUGUCCCACACCCAACUUCAAUAUUUUCGAAGGAAGCUAAAUGUUUGCCCAGGCUUAGUGAUAUUAUGAGCACAUAGAAUUACCCUCACUUCUGUUUACACUACAUUAUAGGUACCCGUGUGCAUUGUCUGCAUGCAUUUGAUAUCGGAUAUAUCAUAAUCUAAUACGGAAUAUUCGCUUAAAAAAACCAAAAUGUGUUUAUAUAUAUUCGUGUGUGUGCGCGCGCGGGAUGUUAUAAUACAUGUCAAACGCUGUGCUUAUCGAUUUAGAUACGUGUUGGUAUACGCGAAUGAAUGUAAUAAAAUGCAGUUUAAUAUAACGGUAAUUACAAUAAGAAUUGCAUUUAUACGUGAGUGUUUUAUAUGCGCAUGCUGCGCGCACACAGGCCAAUUGCUGCUUUUGCGUAACAGAGCUCAAUGCAAGUCAUGGUGAAGUACAAAAUUAUAUAUAUAAACAAAAGCAUAAACACAAUAACACACAAACAAAGCCAUCUUUUCGAUGCAUGACAAUUGUAUAUGUGUACAUGAAAAAACAAAACAAGUUCCAUUUUGUUGUUGUUGCCACCAGAUAUUUAAGAUCUGAAAGAAAAAAAAAUACACGCAUCCGGACAAGCGUUUUUGCAAAUGCAUAUUCCUUCCACGCAGUUGUUCAAGUCGAGAGGACUUUAUUUCGGCUGUCACGUUCUGCUGUCUAUGCAUUAUCGACACACGCGUAACGCACUCCAGGCAAGAUGCAACUAUCGCCAGCGUGUCUCUUGGCCGCACAUGGACA